GAUUAGUUACCAAUUUUUUUUUUUAUUGUUAGGAAAAUAACCCUAACUUGGCUACGGUGCUCCGACGAGUACGAACGACGGCACCUCCAUCUUCGGUCCCUUCUCCUACUCCACUGGGUUUUGGUGUGACAGUGAUAAUGGAGGUUGAGUCUCCGCCUGGUUUUAGUAUGGACCAAAGUGAUGACGAAAGAGCUGAACUGAGCAUUUCUGAGCUCAUUUGUAAUCUCAGAUCGGCAUUCAGGAUCUCUGAUUUUGACCGGGUUGAGGAGAUUCUGAUCAAUAAAGAGAACAAGAUGAAGAAACAAAUCACUGAGUUGGAGUCUGAGAUUAUCCAAUUUGAUCUUGAGGUCAAGAGGCUGAGGAUAGUGAGUAGUGAGAAUAGAAUUUCGAGAGAGAAUGACGAGAUCAUGGAGGAGAGAGUGAAGGUGGCUGAAGAGGGAAUGAAAUUGGCUGAGAUGAAAGCAAGAGAAGCUGGUGACAAAAUUAGAGAGACAGAGGAAAAGGUUGUAAAAGCUGAAGAGGGAAAGAAAUUGGCUGAAGAAGGAAUGAAAUUGGCUGAGGAGAAAGCAAGAAAGCUUGGUGAAAAAGUAAGAGAGAAAGAGGAAAAGGUUAUAAAAGCCGAAGAGGGAACAAAAUUGGCUGAGGAGAAAGCAAGAGAAGCUGUUGACAGAGUUAGAGAGGCUGAGGAUAGAGUUAUGAAAGCUCAGGAGGGAAUGAAAUUGGCUGAGGAGAAAGUAAGAGAGACACGGGAAAAAGUUAUAAAAGCUGAAGAGGGAAUGAAAUUGGCUGAGGAGAAAGCGAGAGCAGCUGGUGAAACAGUGAGAGAGGCUGAGGAAAGAGUUAUGAAAGCUGAGGUGGAAACGAAGUUGGCUAGGGAGAAUUCUAAGAAAACAGAAGAAAUUUUAGAACGAUUGCGGAUAGAUUUGAAGAUGGCUGAUGAGAAAGCAAAAGAAGCUGGUGAAAAAGUAAGAGAGACAGAGGAAAAGGUUAUAAAAGCUGAAGAGGGAAUGAAAUUAGCUGAGGAGAAAACUAAAAUAACUGAAGAAAUGUGGAUGGAUUUAAAGAAGAUUGAGAGAGAAAAAGUGGUUGAGAUUGCUCAGCUCAAGGAGAAGAUCAAGGUUUUAGAGUCUGGGAAAAAUAGAGCUGAGGAUGAUAAUGAAGUUCGGGAGAAACUUUUUGAGGAAUUUGAGAAAAGGGCAAUCUUGUUAGAAGCUGAAACAGAAACUGCUUUGAAAAUGGAAUCUCUGGUUUCAAAGGUAACGGCCAUAGGUUCCACUGAGUCUAAUAAAGCAAACGGGGAGAAGGAUACAUGCAAAAAUGAUGGAUUUGCUGUUGUUUCGGGAUCUGAUCAUUUUCCUUCAUCUCCAACUUGUCUAAUAAACCAAGAUUUUCCAAGUGACAAGAAAUCUGAUUUUGAUGAAGGUUAUGGAAUGGGAUAUAGAAAUUUGCAUGAUAUAGGCCUUAUAGAUUUGGCAGAUUGGGAUAUUAAGCCCAUACUGUCUAAACGAAAAAGAUCUUGUUCCCCUAAUGUAAGUGAGAGCAAGCUGAAGCUUGAUGGUACAUGUACAAAUGAUGAUGAUGUUGAGAACAUAUCUCUAUCAAGAUAUGUUCAACUUGAAUGUGAAUACAAGACAAGAGAAGACAUAAGCUCUCAAACUACUCUUAACAAGCUAACAGUUGGUAAUAAGACUGAUGCUUUCAAUUUUGAGGUUAGUUCCUCAUCUGAAAGUUAUGAUUACAUUGAUUUGUUCGACGGUUUGAUGACAGACUUUAACUAAGAUAUGUGAGUGUAGAAGUCCAACAGGUUUGAACACCAUUUUGAUCUACUUGUUCAUCGGGGCAGUCACGAGGAUUCUUGUUUUCUGCAAUUUCUGAUCUUUUGUUGCUCGUUGUUCUUGCUUGCUUGUAAUUAUCGGUAUAGUUAGAUGCCAUUAAACUAACACAACAUGCUUGCCCAGAAUAUUUGUGUAUAUAUAUGUGAUUAGUCCAUUACCUUACCUUAGGAAGAGUCAGAAAAACCAUAUUCUUGCCUUUUGUUCCUCUUAGUCAAGGUAGAAAUGUUUCUUUUUCUCUUGCCCUUUUGUACAAAACUAGCUAAUUGACUGGUAUAGUCAAAGCUGAACAGAUAGUAGUAACAAUCUGUUAGUAUGUAUAUAUUUAUAUUUCUUUUUGCUUCAGGAAAACUAUAUCUCAAUACAAGAGGUGUUUUAUCAA